AAACAAUAAUCUUUUUCAGGUUGCAUUUUUUAAGUAAUGGCUGAAGAAUAUCAUCAGAGCUCAGAUGAAAGUCCUCCACUCUCACAGAACAGUUUUGCAUAUUUAUGGAAUGAGAUUAAACAGUCUCCUGUUGCAGAUGCUGUUGAUGGAAAUUUCUCGGAUAAUUAUGCUAAUAUUGUAAUGUCAUCUGAAGAACCAAGUAGUAAUCCAGAAGUUGUUGAAAAUAUCAGCUCAAUAGUUGAAAAAAUUGGGACUUCAUGUGCCAGUAUUCAAAUACCACAAGCCUUAAUAUCUCCUACUGUGCCAUAUUAUACAUCAUCAUCUCUUCCAGCUACGGAAAAUUUUCCUGGAAAUUAUUCAUUUUCAGUGGGAUUUCGUUCUCAAGAAAAGAACACGAAAGGUGUUACGUGGACGUACUCUGAAAUUAAAGAUAAACUUUAUGUGUCCAAAGAUACUCCUUGCCCAAUCAAUUUUUCUACAAAUACUGUGCUACAUGGUGCAUUCAUUCGAGCAAUGGCCUUAUUCAGCUCUCCAGACAAUGCAAAUAAUAUUGUAACACGCUGUGUAACUCAUUCAAUGGAAGAGAUAUCAAAAGGGAUUUUUGAAGCUGAGCAUCUUGUGCGUUGUGAAAGUAAUAUGGCUCUUUAUCAAGUGGAUCCUGCUAAAAGGCACAGUGUAACUGUACCAUUUGAAAAUCCUCCAGCUGGCCAGUUGUUUUCAACAUAUAUUUAUAAAUUUGUUUGCUUUGGUUCUUGUGCUGGUGGACCUAACAGAAGACCUUUAAUUCUGGUUUUUACUCUAGAGAAAGGUAAUGAAAUCAUUGGACGAAGAAAAUUUGAUAUUAAGAUUUGUGCAUGUCCUGCACGCGAUAGAAGAACUGAAGAAAACCAGUUGAUGCAAGUACAAAGACCUCUUGUUCCAGCAAAACAGGAUACAUUAGAUACUCGUAGUUCUACUUCCAAACCAAAACCAAAGAAAAGACGAAGUGAAAAGGAGGAACCUUAUAUUUUAAAGGUUUAUGAUAAAGAAUGCUUUGAUUUCUUAAAACAGAUGAAGAAAUAUUUUGAAAUUGUAAAAGGGAUGAAGUAUUUUGCAGUUCCAAAGCCACUGACUGAAGCUGAGUACAAAGCUUUUAUAUUAUGUAACCAAAAAGAAAGUGACGAUGAUGACAGUCAGUAAUUCCUCAAAAGGCAAAAGCUUAUUUUUAACUUUUGUAUUUGUUAUUUGUCUUAUUUUUUAUACCUCAUUAUACAUUUAUUUUAUUUUUUUACUGUAAUCUUGCCUCUUGCAUUGAUUGUAAUUUGAGGUAAAGUAUUCAUUAGCAUUCAUCUUAGACUUGGGUGUUUCAGUAAUUCCCCCCCCCCCAUAAGUGUGAGUAAUUUUUUUUUUUAUUUAUUUAUUUAUUUUUUUUUAUGCAACUCUUAAGUUAGAUAUUUGAUUUUUAUUCUCCAUAAAAUCAGUUAUGAAACAAAUUUUGAUGAUCGGCGUUAAUUUCUAUUAACAGUACUUUUCAGAAUAUAGCUUAAAUAUAAUUUUAAAUAUUUAAUUGAUGUAUAUAAAUAUAUUUUUAACUAUUCAGUAAAUUUUUAAGAUAAUUUUUGUGUAAUAAAUAAGAAAGCUGAAUCAUUUAAUUUUUUUCUCUCAAUUACCUUUAUAUCCUGUUCUAAGUUUUAUUUGGUAAACAUAUAAUAUACUUAACAGUUGGCUGCCUAAUAAAUAAAACAAAUUAUACAAAUAUUUUUGGUUGGAACUAGUCCAGAAAAAUAUUUUUCUAUACAAAAUCUUUUACUGUGUAUUUAAAGAGAAAGCAUUUAUUAAAUUAUAUUGAUAAUAUAUGUGUGCACUAUUUUCUGUAGUCUCUUAAAAAUUGAUUAUAAGAUUUCAGUUUGAUAAAUUUUUUAAAUUAACAUUUUUCUUUUCAACUGAGCAUUUGAACAAACUCUAAGGUCCCCUUCCCUACACUCACACACAUUCUAGUUUGCAACAUAUUGAAUAAAGAUUUUUUAAAAUAUGUGAUAAACUGCUGGAAUAUUAUGUACAUUAUAGAUUAAAACUAUAUAUAAUUAUUAUUUUUAUCACUUAUUGUGAUAGUUAAAAUUUAAAAAUUUUAAUUUUGGCAAUAUUUUGUAUAAAAAUGUCAUAACAAUAGCACUCAAGUUCCCUAGUAAAAUUAAAUUAUUAAAAAGUAAUAUUUGUUCAAUAAUUUAUGUUUAAAAUUACUAUUAAUUUAAGUAAUAUCAUUCACAUUGGAAACAUCGUAGAAUACAUUUUUUGCCAUAAUUAUCACAUAAAAUGUGCAUACUCUAUUUUUAUACUUCACAAAGUUCAAUGCUUCUGUAAAAUUAUUUUAUGUACAUACACAUGAAUAAAAUCAGUUUAUU